AACGAGUUGAUUAACUUGUUUUCCCCCACCCCCUUCCUGUGAAACAGCAAUUUUCACUAACACUUCAAGCCCGCCCCUUUCAUUUUGUUAUUUUCGGUUGAAGCCCGGUGUUGUUCAUUUUCAUUUGGUGCAGUAGUAGUUAAAAAAAAACCCAAAUCGAAAUGGCCAAGAAGCUUAGAAUGAAAGAGAAGCGUGAAGUGGGACUGAAGUUUAUAAAUUUCCUGAAGGAUGGGGAGCGGCUAGAUGAAACCUGUAAGGAGACGCUUAAAAGAAUUUACAAUUACGAAUUCAGGGGCAGGGAUGGCGUCACAAGUGUCAAUUUCUCAAGUGUACUUUUUGCUCUAAGUAGAGUGGGGAAGGCUCGAGUAACUGGUGAUGAGAUCUUCUUUGAUUCUCAGCGGAGAAAAGUGGUGUAUGCCAACCAGUAUCCUAAACGAUGGUUUGACCCUGCAGACAAUCUGGGGACAACGUCGCCUCCGGCCCUUGUCCAGGAGCCUGGGAAGAAGGGCCGUGCCAAAGCCAUUAUCCAACAGCUGAAACGGAACAGUCAUCAGAUGAUCCAGAAUAAAGGUGGUGUAAAGAUAUGGUCGGACUUCGAUAUUGAUAACGGAAAGAUCCGAGUUCCCCUCGCCCUCAACGAUCAGAAACCAGUCCCCAUCUACAUCAAGAAUGAAGGGGUGGAGGCGGUGACCUUUGUCCGAUGUGAGAUGCUUCGCAGGUUACAUGUGUUCACCCUGAGGGAUGAAAAGAAUGUGACUAAUUCCCAGCAACUAGUGCUGAGUGCAGGAGAAAGCUAUCAGAUUGAAAUUAUUUGCUCGAUGGCAGACUCUGGUUAUUUCCCGGUUACGCUCGUCUUUCAGUUCCAAGAUGGCAGCUCCAGUCCUUUCCACAUCAUUCGCUUCUUCUCAGCGCGGGUAAACAACAGGUUGAUUGAAGAGCUGAUGCCGAUUGCUCCCUACAAGCCGUACCAACUUUGCAUUAAACGUCUGAAGGAAGAGAUUGUGGAACAAGGGGUAAAGCCGGCUGGCUUUUCUGACUACAAGUUGGAAAUGGACAUCCCUCUGGGGAAUUAUAAGUAUCCUCCAAUAUUGUUGAAUGCUGUAAAGAGCGGAUUGAAGGAGAGCCGCACUCUUAACCUCAAUGUGAGCCAGGAGGUGCAAAGGAUUAAUUCGUUACUGGCCUCGAAGUUAGAGUUUGACAACUAUGAUGAGAGAUUCCGUCUGCUGCUGCAUCUUGAGGAGAUUCAGAUGGAAGUCGACAUUACCAGGUACAACAUGGAUAAAGUUACCAUGGUCAGAGAUCAGCAGAUGAAGGAUCUUCUCGUUCUCCAGGUUCCUGGUGUUGCUGAGAACAGGCCGUCUGUGCUCCGAGGGGACCACUUGUUCGUGUCGAAGAGUGAUGAUCCGGGGGAACCAAUCACACGUUACAAGGGCUAUGUCCACGCAGUGGAGCUGGAGAAAGUGAAGCUGGGCUUUUCCAAAAAGCUGGUGGCUGCUUUUAUAAAUAAGCUGAAAUUUAACGUCUCAUUCACAUUUAACCGAACACCGUUGCGGUUACAACACCGAGCUGCACAAUUAGCGAAGGACACCAACCUGAAGGAUAUGCUCUUCCCCGUUUCUUCAGCCAAAAAAUGCAUUCACUCUUUUGAGAAAAACUUGACGUUUUACGAUCGGUCCCUCGAGAACAAUCCGGAACAGGCCACUGCUGUCAAUUGCAUUGUGUCUGGGCUCUCCAGACCUGCACCAUACCUGGUUUUUGGCCCCCCAGGAACCGGGAAAACAGUCACUAUCGUGGAAGCUAUUAAACAGGUGCUGAAAUGCAUUCCGAAGGCCAACAUCCUUGCUUGUGCUCCAUCCAACAGUGCCACAGACCUGCUGUGUCAGAGAAUCCAGAACCAUAUAGAGAAAAGGUACAUUUACCGUCUUAAUGCCGUGAGCCGGACCUGGGACACCAUCCCCCAGGAUGUACAGGAGUGCUCCAGCUGGAAUGAGUCUGAGAGAAGAUUUGAGUUCCCAUCAAAAGAGACGCUGAAACAAUAUCGUGUUAUCACCACCACGCUGACAACAGCUGGAAGGUUAGCCUCUGCAAAAUUCCCACAUGGCCAUUUUUCCCAUGUGUUCAUUGACGAGGCUGGGCACGCUGUUGAACCUGAAAGUGUCAUUGCCAUAGCAGGACUGCUGGAUGUGAUGGAUUCAGUAAGCAACGAGCAUGGUGGACAGCUGGUCCUAGCUGGAGAUCCAAAGCAGUUGGGUCCAGUACUGAGGUCCCCUAUCGCCAUCAAACAUGGACUGGACUUGUCUUUACUGGAACGGUUAAUGAGUGAGAACACCCUAUACCAGAAGAGCCUAGCUACUGACUCAUACAACAACCAUUUCGUAACAAAGCUUCUAUGCAAUUACAGGUCACAUCCCGAUAUCCUGAAGAUUCCCAAUGAAUUAUUCUACGAUAACGAGCUUAAAAUGUGCGCGAAUGAGCUAAUCAGGCAGUCUUACUGCGAGUGGCAACAUUUGCCGAAGAUGGGUUUUCCAGUAAUCUUCCAUGGAGUUCUAGGAGAAGAUCAGAGGGAGGAAAAGAGCCCAUCUUUCUUCAAUGCUGAUGAGAUCGAUAAAGUGUUGUUCUACCUCAAGAAGCUGCUGACCAAUCAGGGGAAAAAGGGUGUCGCCAUGAUUUCACCCAAGGAAAUUGGCGUGAUUUCUCCUUACAGGAAACAGGUGGAAAAGAUCAGAAAAGCGAUAAACAAAAUAGACAAGGAGCUGAUGGCCAUGGCUGACAUCAGAGAAUUGAAGGUGGGGUCAGUUGAGGAGUUCCAGGGUCAGGAACGGAAGGUGAUCAUCAUCUCCACAGUUCGCAGCAGCUCUAAUUAUCUACAGAUGGACGAGGAUUUCAACCUGGGCUUCCUUAAUAAUCCAAAGCGCUUUAAUGUUGCACUAACCAGAGCCAAGGCCCUGCUAAUAGUGGUGGGAAACCCCAUAAUCCUCCGCAAGGACCCAAACUGGAAGAGGUUCCUGAAUUACUGUGUCACAAAUAGGGCCUACACUGGCUAUGAGUAUGACAGUGAUGACCUGGAAAGUGACUUUUUAGAUCGCCUUGGACAGCUCAGCCUGGAUACUGAACCAACAGCAGAUCCUGAUGUUGUCAGCGUUAUCCAGCAGCAGCUGGAGCCAGAAUGGAGAAGUGAAGUUUGAUCAAACAGAAUCUUAAAGAGGAAAAAAAAACCACAGGAAAGCAGAAAUGUUGAAACAAUGAAUGUUUAAAAUUUAAGUGGAGAAAAAAAUUCAGCUGCUUUUGUCAAAUGUUUAAAUAUAUUUAAAAAAAUUGGAAAGGAAAAUUCAAUUCUCUUAAAUGAAUCGUGCUUUCUAUAAAUGGUGUAAUUUCAGAAUUGUGAAUUUUUAACUGUUUUCUACAGAUGAAACCUUUUGUUGUUUUUUGGUACUGCUGCAUUUCUGAACUGUUUUCUCUCCAAGUUCUUGAUGUUUUUUAUGUAUGAAGCAGAGUUCAGGUAUGAAAUAUGUGUCUUCAAACCACUUGUGUAUCAGGAUGAAGGCUUCUGUAAAUCCACACUCGAUGGCUCGGGUUGUGUGAUGGAGCCACACUGACUAAGAAGAUCCCAUGUGCUACUCCAGAUCCAUUUGAGUUGGCUUAUUCUCACCAGGCGAAAGGCAGCAGGGUUUGCCCUAAGUGAGCUCAGUGGUGGGGAACAUCGAUCUGAACGCAAUCAAACAGGCCCAGUGUGGACUUCAGGACAGGGUAAAAUGUGAGCCCCCCCCCCACCCCCACCAUGGCCAAUUAGGUAUGAGGCGGGGCAUGGUCCCUAUGGAGCAGUACACCAGCCAAGUCAUGAGGAAGAUGAAUAUUUAAUUUGAAACCAUGCUGCUGCCUGAGCCUUGCUGACAAUGAAGCAUUUGUGGAUUAAUUGAUGCAGUGAAUCUUAAACAGUGGGUAGUUGUGGGUAAGCAUCAAGGUUUAACUACAUGUUACUCUGCUGAAGCUGUAGUAAUGGACUUAACUUGUGCUCCUUUAAGGAGGCAACUCCUUUUACUGGAUUCACUAUUGCUGAUCUUCUUGGUUAGCAACAAUAUAUUAAGUUCCUUUAUUGAUUGUGUGUAUUAUCAGGAGCUCCUUGUAAUCUGCAUGCAUUUGUCAGAAUGCAGAGAUUCCUGUAAUGCCCCUCCUGUGUUCUGUUUUUGACUGUGUCCCAUUUCAGACUCGGUAAUUUUGAUCUUGGUCCGUAUUAUAAAAUGGCAGGGGUGGGAAUACUGGAUUGGUCACCUGUUAUACAUCUCUGGAAUGGAAAACAGGGAGAAAAACAUAACAGACGGCUGAUCUGGAACCGCCCAAAGUCAGAAUGACCAUGUGGGUGUGUGGUUUAUUUAGUCAACAGCUGCUUCCUCCUUUACAGCCAACUUCAAAAACAGGACAAGAAGUUAAUACAGAGGGAAGAAAGUAAUGAGAGGCUUGAUUCCAGCUGUGAAUGUGUUCCUUGUUAAGUUUCAAAUACUCAGCCCCGCAUUGUGGCUUUGAUGUAAUUGUGAACUAUGAUAUCUGGUAGAAGUCCUCUUCACUGGUGUAUUUUCUAGAUGAAUAAUCAGUUUAUUUUGUAUGCAGCAGACCAUUUGGAAAAGAUGCAAUAUUAGGAUAUCUCAAAUAAAUUAUAUAUAAAGAACAAA